GCCUGACUUUCCCUUCCUUCGUCGUCGGGUCUCCGGGACAGCUUCUUCCCCAGCUAUGCCCAACUUCUCCGGCACUUGGAAGAUGAAGAACAGCGAGAAUUUCGACGAGCUCCUCAAAGUCUUGGCGUCAUGGUUCCUCCUCCUUGGUUUUUGCCCAGGGGUCAACGCCAUGCUCCGGAAGGUAGCUGUAGCUGCUGCCUCGAAACCACAUGUGGAGAUCCGCCAGGAGGGGGACCAGUUCUACAUUAAGACCUCCACCACUGUCCGCACCACCGAGAUCAAUUUCAAAGUGGGCGAGAGCUUCGAUGAAGAAACUGUGGACGGGCGGAAGUGUCGGAGUUUAGCCACUUGGGAGACUGAAAACAAGAUCUAUUGCAAACAAAGUCUUUUGGAGGGAGAAGGCCCCAAAACAUACUGGACGAGAGAACUGGCCGGAGAGGAGCUGAUUUUGACGUUUGGUGCGGAUGAUGUGGUAUGCACAAGAAUUUACGUAAGAGAGUGAAAAGUACCAGCCACCAUCGAGCGGGUGGGGGAUGAAGAGAUGGAUUAACAAGCAGAUGUUGUGUGAGAGAAAUCCUGUGCAGUAAACAUCCCUGUGUGUGGCCUACAGAGCAGCCUCGUACAUGACCAUACAUGUCAUCUUGAAUCCCAGUCGACCAGCCUAUGCCUUGGGCUUUUCACUUUGAUUACAAACCCUAGUCCCAUUAGAAUUGUGUCUCUGUGUGUGCUCCUCAUCUCUUUUCCAUUCCUUUACUUUUGUGUUUUGUAGUUUACAAAUUUGUAUGAUUUGAGCAGUAAUUAAAUUUAUUGCACAUAAUGCCCAA